GUGAGGAAUUGGGCACAUUAGUGCGUUCCUGUUGGUGGAGUCUGCGCAGUGCGGACCACGCAGCUCUAAAGUGUGAUCUUUAAACAAAAAGGGUCGGUCACCGGAGAGUGAGGAUUGUACCAGUGCGAGGAUCAAGAAAGCGGGCGCCAGGAGUGCUAUCAGAAAAGUGUAUGCUACAGGCGCCAGGCGAAUCUGCGGCCCAGACAUCCGUCCUGAGUGGACAGAUGCUGUAAAAUAGAAGAGUCUAAAAAAGUGGUGGUGGGCUGCAGCUUAACAACAUUAGUACCAUGUCUUUUUGUCGUUCUGGCACUCGCUCCAGCUCUGCAUUGCGAUUCAAAAAGAGGAAGUCUCGAUUCUCUCACCGAGAGAUCCAGGUACUGCUGGAGGAGGUGAGCAGGAAUCGGCACAUCGUCAUUGGCAAGUUCAACCGUGGUGUUGCAAGUGAAUUGAAAAAGCGAACAUGGGCCGAGAUCACAGCUCGCAUCAAUGGGGUCAGCCACUGUCCACGUGAGAUAAUCGAAGUUAUCAAGAAGUGGUCAGAUCUAAAAUGUGACACAAAGCGUAAAGUAGCAGUGAUGCGGGCGGGAAGUAGCAUGAUAGGGGACCUUACUCCUGUUGAAACUGCUGUACAUCAGAUACUUGAAUUGGCCAGCAAGCGUCGCACGCAAUCAGAAGAUGUGGUUUCGUCACGAGUCAGUGACAGAGUGGCCCUUGAUGCCAUCAGGUCAGAUGCCAUCAAACAGGAAGAAUCUACAGAACUGCCUACCACUUCAACUGCUCCAACUGCUGAAUGGAAGAAUGUUUCAAUAGAUCUGCCAUCCAAAAGGGAGUUGGCCACACCGACUCACGUCUACUGUGUCACCUCUCAGCAAGAGAGCUCCUCCUCCCCAUUUGAGGUGCAGUAUGAAAUUCGCACAGUUGAUGACCAACCUCUUGACUCAGAUUCUAUACAAGACCUGAAGGAGGAAUGCCAAACACACUUUCCCGACACAAUGCAAACCUUAACAGAAGAAGAUGUUCUUCAUGGGACAGGUCAAAGAAGAGGAGUGACGAGCCCCAAUCCAGCCUCUAUCCAUCAGACCCUUAGCAUGCGAGAGAAGUUGGUGCAAAAUGCAUCCUUAAGUGUUCGUGAGCAGCGAACAUCAAAUGAAUUACUUGAAACCAUCUCACGGUCCUUGGAGCUUCUCUCAGAAUCCAUGCAGCAGAUGGUGGAAACCCAUCAGGACUUCAUCCGAGACACCCUUCAACUGCAGCGUGAGUCCAUGCACAUCCUGCGGGAAUUUACAAGUGGCGCUCUUGCGCUAAUGCAUGAGAAGUUGAAUGGACGUCCCCUACAGCCCUGACUCGCAUUCACACCCUCAGGUAUUUAUAGUGCCAAGUCAAUUUUGUAGGUCCUCUUAAUAAAGACACUAAUAAAAAAAUGUGUUGCUGUCUUUCUACUUAACAUAAAUCUGCCAUAAACUGUGAGAAUGUCAGGGGAGGUUUUAGUGUAGGAUUACAAACAGGUCCAGUUUGAUUUUAGAUAUAGGAUUACAUCUUGCUAAAUUUCCUCAGAGAAGCCUAUGGGCUAUCCUUUAAAUGGAUGCAGAAACAAAAUAUAAAAACACAGCCUACUCACUAACACCUAAGCUAUUAAAACAAUGACAGACAGAACAUAUCUCAGAAUCAGGCUCAAGGAUUCAUGCAGCUGUGGUAUUAAUACUGGUCUAGCUCUUUGGUCACCCACAGAAUGCUAGAAAUGACAUAAACCUAAGGACAUUUAUAUAAAA